AUGUCUACCAAUUCUGCUAGCCGCCUGGCUGCAACAAAAAGGGCUUUCCAUAAUAUAGUCCAGGAACUCUUCCACAAAACUCAAGAGCCCGUAAGACCGAGAAAUUAUAGAGGCGCCACCUUUCAACAAUCGGAGAAAUAUGUACUUCUGCAUGAGGAAGAGCAACACCUUUCAGAUCAUAUAGCAGUUUUGACUCAAGCUAAAGGAGGCCCGCACGAUGUGUCGGUAGCUACGAUUGAAGAAUGUCAUGAACGAUAUCCACCCUCUCUAACCAUACGAAUCGCAUCAAAUCAAACGCCUUCAUUGAAAACUGUGGAUGGACUGCGUAGAUGUCUAGAUAUUGUUGAGGAAAUUGCCCGUGAAGGUUGUUUGGCAUAUAUUCAACACUAUUCGCAUUGCUAACUCAUGUCCGCAUGCAGAAACCGACCAAAAUGAAGAAGAGCAUAGAUCCAAACUUCUUUCGGAAAUCGUGAAGCUAAGCAAUUCUCGUCUGCGAGCUCGCAUCGCUUCACAAAGUAAAGGGCAUGGUAAGGCUCGGCAAUCACUUUGUGAUAGGGCUGAGAAGCUUCGCAGCAUGCUGUUGGUACAAGAGAUGGAUGUUGAUAGUCCGCAAUGGCGAACUUCAGUAUGCGGUCACCUCGCAAAUCUUAUCCAGGAUACCAAAACCUUCGACUCUGGAUCUCAGUGCCACCAACUGGAUAACCUAGUUAAAAUAGUCCUCACUGCUCAUGAAGUGUCGACGACCGGUGGUAGCCCGUCUCUUGAACACCAGUUCUAUACCAAAGGUAUCGAUCCAGACAUUGUUCAUCGCAGUACUGUGCUUCAAAUCGACAAAAUAAGCAGGUAUCUAGACAUUCGCAACGACUUGAUGCAUUACUGUCAAAAACAAAGAUGCCAGGGCUUAUUCCGUAACAUCCAAUUGGAAGUAUGCACUGCUCCCGAGAUCCAACGUGUCCAUGGCGAGAUCCAGCUUAUCUUCUUCUAUGAGCAAUACCCUGCGAGUUUGCCUCCAAGAUGCAUAGGAUCCAGUAAAUCGGCCUGUUUCUUGUGCGAUUUAUUUAUUAGAAAGCAUGGGAUGUACCAUAUUUCACAUUCACAUGGCAGACUAUAUGUAAAUUGGACGAUACCUGAAGGAGACUGGAUGGACGAAGAGAAGAUCUUGAGGUUUGAUGAAAUUUUGAGGGACAUGAAUCGGGAAAUGGUGCAAAUCAAAGAGACAUUUGUGAAACCAAUUGGGUAUGAAGGGAAUGGUGCUGAAAGCAGAGUGCAUCUGUUGACCCUUCCGCCCAACCGUGUCGCAACCUCAAGUGAUGUAAGGGAAAGAGAGGCACCUAAAGAACAAGAAAAUGGUGCUGAAGUCGAAGUUAUUUAG